AUGAACCCACUGGGCACACCGGGCGGAGUCGUCAGUCCGCGGAACGAGCGGGCCUUCGACCUGCUGCGGGAGGCUAGACAGGCCAAGGACGCCGACUCUCCUCGCUUUUUCAAGGCCGCCGUGCUGAAAACCUACUUUACACCUUGUGCUGACAUCAGUGGACCAGGUGGCGCGGGAGCCAAGGAGACGAAACCGACCAUCAGGCAGCUGGAGGCGAUUUUCGAGGUCCCGCGAUCUACUGUCGGCAAAUGGAUCGCGCAUCACCGCCAUCAAGCCGAUCUCUUCGCCCGUUCUACCCUCGAUCAGGCAGUUGAUCUAGUUCAGGAUGACGCCAUCUCGGGGGACCGCAGCGUCUUCCUCCGGUCGGAGGAGCUCAAGAUCGUUAACUACCUUUUUGUUCGGAGCGCAUUUGCUCACGUCGCCCUCACCAAACCCAAUACAAUCGAACUCUUCAUGCGCCUGUCUCAAGUUCCACGACCAGAUGGAAAGCCUCGCCGCCAGUUCGGUCCCAACGGCCCGAGCGAGUCGUUUUUGGAGCGGUUUUUCGCCGAGUUUUCCGACGAACUCCGCUGGAUCACUGCACACUCGAUCGAAACCAUUCGUACGGCCGCGAUGAACGAGGAAACCCUCAGAAGCUUCUUUGAGCGCCUGCAGGAGCUUUGCGACAAGUCUGGAGGGAAGCUGUGGGCCGAGCCUGGGCGGAUUUUCAGCUGCAUUCCAUCGCUUCUCACAUUCGAGGAGUUGCUGCGAGCGCCCCCGCUGACACCGUCGUCGAGCUGCACCGAGCCUGCCACUGUCCGAACCGUCAAGCAGAACAAGGCCUACUCGCCCCAAGAUGCGGCACAGCGUGCUGCCCAGCACGAGCGAGAAGCUCGGGAACAAGAAAAGGCUCAGGUUGCGCCUCUCAUGGAGGAGUACAACCGGGCAAUGCGGACCUACGAAGACAAAAUCGAGCCCGUCAUGAAUCAGCAGGACCAACUCAAGUCGACGAUCGCUGCCGACCAGGCCCGGCUCGCAGAACUCGAGGCAGACGACUCGGCAGCCGCUCUGGUUGCAGACGUGCGUGCGCAACUUCACGCGAACCAGCAGAGGCUCGCCAAAGUCAACGCGACCGUGAAGCAAAUGGUCGCCGCAAAACCCAAGCGCCCCGACGUCCGACACGUCCGCGCGCUUGCCGCCUCGAAAGCAGCAGCUGCGGCACCGGCUUUGCAAUCGGUUGCGACGAUGGCGGUUGAGUAG